AUGUAUAACAUUCCACUCUCUGCCAGUCACAGUGCCCAGCAGGACAGAUCAGACUCACCUGUACCCAGCUGUGUGUCCAUGAAGAGUGAUGGGUCCAUGGGACCGCCACCCGCCUUCAGAGAGGGAGGCAUUCCUGAUGACCAAAGCAUCAAAAAGGAGGAGACACAGACUGAGAUGUCCAGUUUUCAUUCUGACCAGAAUCUCAAAGAUGUCAACUCCAUAUUUGAGAUCCUUGAACGUAAAAUGAUCAACUUUGUGAAGAGCGAACUAAAAAGCUUUCAGAGGAUAGUAUCUGAAGAUAUCUCAGAAUGCUUUGACGGUCUGAAAGAGGAUGAGAUCAGUGCUAGGGAGGGAGUUCUGAAGAUCACACUGCACUUCCUAAGGAACAUGAAUCACACUGACCUUGCUGAUAAACUGGAAAAAAGUAAGAUACCUAUUAUUGGUAUUCAGCAUGGAUUGAAGUCAAAACUGAAAGCAAACUUUCAAUGUGUAUUUGAGGGAAUAGCAAAACAAGGAAAUCCAACACUCCUCAACAAAAUCUUCACAGAGCUCUAUAUUACAGAGGGUGGAAGUGGAGAGGUCAAUAAUGAACAUGAGGUCAGACAGAUUGAAAUAGCAUGCAGCAGACAAGAAACAGGAGAUACACCAAUACAAUGCAAUGACAUCUUUAAACCCUUACCUGGACAAGACAAACCCAUUAGAACUGUGUUGACUAAAGGUAUCGCUGGCAUUGGAAAAACUGUCUCUGUGCAGAAGUUUAUUCUGGACUGGGUUGAAGGAAAAGCAAACCAGGACAUCAAGUUCAUAUUUCCACUACCUUUCCGGGAGCUGAAUUUGAAAAAUGGAGAACAUCACAGCUUGAAGGAUAUUCUCCAUGACUUUUUCCCAGAAACAAAAGAACUAAUGUUUUCCAAUUAUGACAAAAACAAAGUUAUGUUCAUCUUUGAUGGCUUGGAUGAAUGUCAAUUUCGCCUUGAUUUCAGAAACAACAGGGUGUUAUGUAAUGUAACAGAAAAAACCUCGGUAGAUGUUCUGCUGACAAACCUCAUGAAAGGGAAUUUACUGCGCUCUUCUCUCCUUUGGAUAACAUCCCGUCCAGCGGCAGCCAACCUCAUCCCUCCUCAGUGUGUUGACCAGGUCACAGAGGUACGAGGAUUUAAUGACCCACAGAAGGAAGAGUACUUCAGGAAGAGAAUCAGUGAUCAGAGCCUGGCCAAUAGAAUCAUCACACACAUCAAGUCAACAAGGAGCCUUCACAUCAUGUGUCACAUACCAGUCUUCUGUUGGAUUUCAGCCACUGUUCUGGAGAGAAUAUUUACUGAAGCAGAGAGUGGAGAGAUCCCACAGACUCUGACUCAAAUGUACACACACUUCCUGAUCUUUCAGACCAAACAGAGGAAUCAGAAGUAUGAUGGACAUUAUGAGAUGGAUCCACACUGGAAUAAAGAGAACAUUCUGUCACUGGGGAAACUGGCAUUUGAACAGCUGAAGAAAGGGAAUUUGAUCUUCUAUGAAAAAGACCUGAAAGAGUGUGGCAUUGAUGUCAGAGAAGCAUCAGUGUACUCAGGACUCUGCACUGAAAUCUUCAGAGAGGAGUCUGGCCUGUACCUGGGAAAAGUGUUCUGCUUUGUGCACUUGAGCAUUCAGGAAUUUCUUGCUGCCUUGUAUGUAUUCCUGACAUUCACCAAUAAUAAUGUAAGUCUCUUAUCAACACAGAAAUCUCUCAUCAUCAGCAUCGGGAAAUCUUUCAGGGGAAAGCAUAUUUUUAGCCUGCAUAAAGAUGCAAUCGACAGAGCCCUAGAGAGUGAAAAUGGACACCUAGACCUUUUCCUCCGCUUUCUUUUGGGUCUCUCACUGGAGUCAAGCCAGGCUUUCUUACAAGGCCUACAGGAUGAAAAAGGCAGAGGAUCACUGAGCAAAGAGGAAACGGUAAAGUACAUCAAGGAGAAAAUCAGAGAAAAUCUCUCUCCAGAGAGAUCCAUCAAUCUGUUCCACUGUUUAAAUGAACUGAAUGAUUAUUCUCUAGUGGAGGAGGUCCAAAGCUACCUAAGUUCAGGAAGUCUCUCCAGAGUUGAACUCUCUCCUGCUGAGUGGUCAGCUCUGGUCUUUGUGUUACUGACAUCAGAGAAAGCACUGAAUGUGUUUGACCUAAAGAAGUUCAUCAGAUCAGAUGAGUGUCUCCUAGGGCUCCUGCCAGUGAUUAAAGCCUCUACAAAUACCCUGCUUGAUAGUUGUAACCUAACAGAGACUAGCUGUUCAGCACUAGCUAGAAUUCUCAGCUCAACUUCCUCUUGCGUGACAAAACUGAACCUAUCUGACAACAAUCUUCAGGAUUCAGGAGUGAUGCUGCUUUCUGCUGGACUGGGAGAUCCACACUGUAAACUGAGAACAUUAGGACUUUCAGAGUGCUAUAUGACAGCAGAAAGCUGUGAAUCUCUGAGUGCAGCUUUGAUUUCAAACCCAGCACACCUAAGAGAGCUGAAUUGCAGCGAGAAUAAUCUAGGAGACUCUGGAAUGAAGCCGUUCUCUUCUUUUCUGAAGAGUCCACAGUGUAAAAUGGAAAAGCUGAUUCUGUCAAACUGCAGAAUAAAAGAGGAAGGUUUUGCUGUCCUGACUUCAGCUCUGGGGUCCAAUCCCUCACACCUGAGGGAGUUGAAUCUAAGUGGGAAUAAAACAGGACACUCAGGAAUGAGGGUACUCUCUGAUCUUCUGAAGAAUCCACAAUUUAAACUGGAGAAACUGGAGCUGAGUGACUGCAACAUAACACAAGAAGGCUUUGCAGACUUUGCUUCAGCUCUGAGCUCAAACCCCUCAUAUCUUAGAGUGCUGAAUUUGAAUGAGAAUAAACCAGGAGACAUGGGGGUGAAGCUGCUCUCUGAUCCUCUGCGGAAUCCACACUGUGAACUGAAGGAACUGAAGAUUUGUAACUGUAGUAUUACAGAGAAGGGCUUUGAAGCUCUGGCUUCGGCUCUGAGUUCAAACCCCUCACAUCUCAGAGUGCUGGAUCUGAGUAGAAAUAAAAUAGGAGACUCAGGAAUGAAGCUGCUUGCUGAUGUGGUGAAGAAUUCACACUGCAAACUGGAAAAACUGAUGUUUUCAGACUGUAGUAUAAGAGAGGAAGGAUAUGCUGCUCUGGCUUCAGCUCUGAGAUCAAAUCCCUCACACCUGAGAGAGCUGGACCUCAGAGGGAAUGACCCUGGAGACUCAGGAGUGAGGCUGCUCUUUGAAUCGCUGAAAAACCCGCACUGCAAACUGGAGAUACUGAGGCUUCAUAACUGUGACCUGACAGAGAGAAGUUGUUCAUUACUAGCCACAGUUCUCAGCUCAGUCUCCUCCUCUGUGAGAGAACUGGACCUGAGUAACAACAAUCUGCAGGAUUUGGGAGUGAAGCUUCUUUGUGUGGGACUGGAGAAUACACACUGCAAACUGGAGAUACUGAACCUGUCUAACUGCAAUAUAACAGAGGAAGGCUGUGCUGCUCUGGGUUCAGCUCUGAGAUGCAACCCCUCACACCUGAAAGAGCUGAAUCUGAGUAAUAAUAAACCAGGAGACUCAGGACUGAAACUACUUUCUGAAGUGGUGAAGAAUGAACACUGUAAACUGGAGAAACUUCAGUUGUGCAACUGCAGUAUAAAAGAGAGAGGAUAUGCUACUCUGGCUUCAGCUCUGAGAUCAAAUCCCUCACACCUGAGAGAGCUGGACCUCAGAGGGAAUGACCCUGGAGACUCAGGAGUGAGGCUGCUCCAUGGUCUACUAGAGGAUCAUCACUGUAAACUGGGGACACUGGGGCUGUCUAUGUGUAGUAUAACAGAGGAAGACUGUGAUAAUCUGGCUUCAGCUCUGAGAUCAAACCCCUCACACCUGAGAGAGCUGGAUCUGAGCCACAAUAAACCAGGAGACGAUGGAGUGAAAAAGCUCUCUGCUCUACUAAAGAGUCCACACUUUAAACUGGAGAAACUGGAUCUGAGUAACUGUGGUACGACAGAGGAAGGCUGUGCAGACCUUGUUUUAGCUCUGUGUUCGAACCCAUCAUACCUGAAAGAGCUGAAUCUGACCAGAAAUGAACUGGGAGACUCAGGAGUGAAGCAUCUCUCCUCUCUCCUUCCAGACUGCAGACUGGAGAAACUGAAUGUCUCAGACUGCGGUAUAACAGAGGAAGGCUGUGCUUCACUGGCUUCAGCACUGACUUCAAACCCCUCACACCUGAGAGAGCUGAAUCUGAGCAGAAAUAAUACAGGAGACUCAGCAGUGAAGAAGCUGUCUGAUCUACUAAAGGAUUCACGUUGCAAACUUGAGAAACUGGAACUUUGUAACUGCAAAAUAACAGAGGAAGGCUGUGCUAAUCUGGCUUCAGCUCUGAGUUCAAACCCCUCACGCCUCAGAGAACUGAAUCUGCUAGGCAAUAAACGAAGAAAAUCAACAGAGGAGCAACUUUUCGCUCUUGUGGAGGAUCCACAUUGUAAACUGGAGAAACUGAAGUGA